AUGUUCCUGGGUUUCCUCUUCCCCCCGCAUUACGAAGAUGUGACUGCCGAUGUAGCGAUGGCGAUGGCUAUAGCUAAUCGUAAGAAAGCAUUUGUCAUCAAGCGUAUAACGACGUCUUUACACACCUUUCUGCUCAUCGUCGAUAAAAAUUUUGUGUUGGGCGUUUUUGCUGCGAAAGAUCCCACACCAACGAUAGGUGCAAUGAUUGUCAUUAAUUACAAGCCCAAUUCGAAAGACAAGAGUAUGAUCAAUAUUUCGACUUGGGUACCAUAUGAUGGUUAUGUGACGAUGACACUCUACUUGACAAGCAAAGCUUUUGAAGAGGAUUUGAAUAUUUUCUGCGGUAGUUUUUAUACAUGUGGGUGUGUGCGUUACAAAGGAAUACCGCUCGCGCACCCAGCAGUGUUCAAUGACAUCAUCGGAGUGGUAAGAGACGACGGAGGGAUAUUGGUAAAGAACUAUAUAGGGAAGUUGCGAGCUACAGUAAAGUUAUGCAAAACAUCUUCCCAUUUUGAAUGGAAACUUUGCGGAGUGGACAAGUAUCUGCAACCGGUAGAUGAUAAUCUUCAUCAGCGUAGUUGUGGUAUAGUAGGUGCCGUUCAGCAGCGUGGUAUGAACUACAUCACAUCUCGUGAUUUUCCUCAUGAUGUCCGAUUUAAGAAUGCAAACUUUGAUGGCGAUGUUGGAACUCUGCUGGGUACAGAUGUUUGCUUUCUUACUCGAGAGACUACGCCCUAUACAUACUACGUAACGGGGAAGAUCGAGUCAUCAAAAGGAACCAUGGUACCUACUAAACACAACGGCUACUUCUCACUGACAUUAGAAGUGGAAUACAUAGGAUGUACCGACGACCAUGGGACCAGAAUCGUAUGGAGUGAUAAAAAAGAAUUUAUAAAAGAUCAAUUUGAUCUUUUUAGAGAUCGUGAAUAUGGAAUUUACAUCAUAGAAUGCAUUAGGCAUUUUAAAUCUGAGGACUUCCCUAGAUGGAAAGUUAGAAGGAUACUUAAUUCGGUUCGGUGCAUUGGGAAGGACAGUGAGCAAGGCAAUGCUGAGCAUCCGAAUGCGACACAAGAAUGUCCACAGAACCAUAUCAAAAAACUUUUAAACAACUUUCUUGAUGAGGGAAGGGAAGAUUCCGGUAUAGAGAUUGAAAAGAGUCCCGAGUCAUCUAGAAAAUCCAGUGACUCACUUGCGAAGUCCUCUGAUGGUGACAAGUGUAGGAAUCUCGAAGAUACUUCGGAAGAUUCAGAAACAGAGGUAAAGAAAGAGCUACGGCAGUAUAUGAGAGAAUGUAUGAAGUCCGAGAGGAUUAGAGCGGAGAUAAGAAAAGCCGACCAAGCUUUAUAUCACGAGCUCCUGCACGAACUAGAUCUGGUGGAGAAUUAUGUUGAUACUAACCCAGUCCUCAACGUCAACCGCAGUUCACUGCAGGAAUUGAGGCUGGAACCACUCCUCUCACGAACUCGAGCGACAAAAAUCGCAAAUGAUAUUUCCAAACGAGAUGGGCUACAUCUAUAUAUAGCGACUGGUCAUUAUGGUGGUCGUUAUAUGUUCGCAGUGGCUAAAAGCCCAGCCGAUUUGAUUACCCGAAUAGAUUCUGCAGAUGGAGACUACGAUCGCUAUCUGAGUAUGGUGACAACGGAAAUUGCAAAGCGAAAGAGCGGUCGUUCUCUUGUUGUCUUACUCUUCUCCGAGAAUGAUGUGAAGAGCAGUUUGAUAGAUACGUGGAAGAGAUUCUCAACAAAUGACACUGCUCACGUUUUCAGGGUUGGAAGCGCUCAACCUAAAAAUCAGCUAUCUGCCGAUAAUGAACACUCAUUUGAGGAGCUUCUAGCCUGUACUACAACCGAGAACUCCGACUCUAUUCGUCGUAAGCCAGUCAUAGAUCUUGCACUGACAACAACGCGUCGUCCUCAAAUUCAGUUUUCAAAAACGACCCGUCCACCAACCACAAGGAGACCAUCCACCACGCGUGGACCAAAGAUUCGCCCAGUCUUCCGUAAAAAGGUGAUAAAGGAGAAAGAAGAAGUAAAGGAGAUAAAGGAGAAGGAAGAAGUACAGUUAUCCGAUGUUCCACUUGGAAGCGAAAAUGCACUUCAGCGAGAUGCAACAGUUCCACCACUUCAAGUAUUCAGACAUGGAAGUGUUGGACCUCGUGAUGUGACAGAGCCUCCGAAACGAUUUCUGCUACAUUCCUUUGUAUCCACAGAUCCCCUUCGGGUAGCUUCUGGGCUGCAUAGUGGACGUGAUAUUUUUGAUGGAUCUGUCAGAUGGCACAGGAGACAAAAGCAGACGAGGAAAAUCAAUGUAAUUCUCAUUUUCAGUUACUUGGACAUAGCUGCUGCUGCCGUUGGGCGCCUUCCAGUCUCGGCCCACGCCGUACGAGUGUCGCUGAUUCGAUAUUCCGGACCAGGAAGAACGGAAACACUUUUCCACCUGGACAAGCAUAAGGUGAAGGACAAUCUCAUCGAGGAUUUGUUCCGGAUGGAACCCGCUGGUGGAACGACGCGAACUGGUGAAGCAAUGCACUACGCACUGAAAGAGUUUCAAGAUAGAAAGCAUGGAGCAAGGAAAGACGCAAAGAAAAUCCUUGUGGUUUUUACCGACGGAUACUCACAGGAAGAUCCUUCGGAUGCAGCUGAAGCUGCCAAAUUACAGAAUGUCAUCGUUAUUGCCGUUGCCGUCGACGAUAAUAUUAAACCAAAUCGGGAUGAACUUUUACUGAUAAGUAUGAACCGAGAGAACAUACUGAUAUCACCCAAUGGACAACAGCUUCGAGACAAAAUUCUUAGAGAUCAAUGUCCUUUGAGUGCUUCACUAUAA